AUGUGCUGGUUGAGGGUCUGGAGCCAGGUUUUCCUGCCAGUCUUCCUUUCCCUAGUUCUCAUCCAACUCCUUAUCAGCUUUUCAGAUAAUAGAUCUUCCCAAAUCUACAACAGCAGGAACAAUCAAGACACAAAUAUGUCCCUUGAAGAAGUAUGUGCUCAAAAGAAGACUUGUCAAUUGUGCACAGAAAAUAGGAAAUGUAUUUGGUGCAGGGAAGAAAGGACUUGCAAAAAAUACUGUUUUCCAUAUGCUGGGUGUAAAUUCAAUUCUAUAUUUUGGGGAAAUUGUAAAGUUGACAUGUUUGGAAUCAUGAUGCUGAUAAUCAUUGGAAUGUUGUUACUAUUAUUCGCCUGGUAUUGCUGUGUCUAUUCCUUUUACACGAGUCAAAAUAGAUUGCGAAAGGAGGAACCCAAUAAGCCAGGGGGUUGUUUACAGCGUGACAGGUAUUCCCGAUCAGCCAUCGCCAGCAUCUCCACCCCAUCUCCCAGUGUGAGACUCGGGGCCCUGGAGAAGCAGCAUGGGCUGCGUCUGCAAACUUACGGAGUGGGGGGGGGGGGGGCGCAGAAAAAAAGUCUCCACCAAACUCUAGUGCGUCCCCGCGGCCUUCUUGUCCUUUAUCCGGGGCGACCCCCUCCAACUCCGCGCCCGGUGCGAGCACACGCUGGUGCCACGGAGAAACGCUCCGACACCAGGCCCCGUCGGCCCUCCGCCUUUCGGUAA